GCUGCGGCGCGCUCAGAGUUUGUUUCCGGGUCAGAGGGCGGAAGCAGCGAUUGGCUCCCGAGCCUUCCCGCGAGAUUUAAAAUUAAAAUGGACAACUUGGAGACUGCAGCUCGGCCGGAGUUUGCUUCUGUUGGGUCUACACCUAGCGGGUCUACUUUGAGCCAGAGAAUGGCUGUGCUUAAUCAAAAGUCUAUCUUGGAUAUGAUUAAAGAGUUCAGAAGGAAUUGGCACAUUCUUUGUGAUUCUGAGAGAACUACUGUAUGUGGUGCAGACUCCAUGCUCUUGGCAUUGCAGCUUUCCAUGGCAGACAACAACAAACAGCACAAUGGAGAAUUUACAGUUCCUCUCAGUGAUGUCUUAUUGACCUGGAAAUUCUUCCUACAUGAGAAGUUGAACUUACCAGUUGAAAAUAUGGAAGUGAUUGACCAUUAUGAGGACAUUAGGAGGACUUACGAUGAUUUCUUAAAGAAUAGUAAUAUGUUAGAUCUGAUUGAUGUUUAUAAAAAAUGUAGUGUUUUGAUUUCUAAUUGUGAAAAUAAUGCCAACAUAUCCCCUAGUCAACUACGGGAUUUUCUGCUUGGGAGACAGUAUGCAGUAGCUGAUGAAACUGAUCUUUAUGUACCGACAUCACCAAUGAGUAAACACAACCAGGAUAAUGAAAAGGUGCAGUUACUAGCAAGGAAAAUUAUCUAUUCAUAUUUAAGCCUGCUAGUGAAUUCAAAGAAUGACCUGGCUCUGGCUCAUAUUCUUAAUAUUCCUGAUAGAGGACUUGGACGAGAAGCCCUCACUGAUUUGAAACAUGCUGCUCAAGAGAAAAAGAUGUCUAUCUUCUUGGUGGCCACAUCAUUUAUUAGGACACUAGAGCUUGGAGGGAAAGGAUAUGCACCAUCACCAUCUGAUCCUUUAAGGGCACAUGUAAAAGGAUUGUCUAAUUUUAUUAACUUCAUUGACAAAUUAGAUGAGAUUCUUGGAGAAAUACCAAAUCCAAGCAUUGCAGGGGGUCGGAUACUCUCAGUGAUAAAGAUGCAGCUGAUUAAAGGCCAGAACAGCAGGGAUCCUUUUUGUAAAGCAGUAGAGGAAGUAGCUCAGGAUUUGGAUUUGAGGAUUAAAAAUAUUAUCAAUUCUCAACAAGGAGAUGUAAUUCUUGGUACCACUGAUAUCAGUCCUGCAAGGCCAAAAUCUUAUGCUAUAAACCAUGGUACUGCAUACUGUGGCAGAGAUACUGUGAAAAUUUUACUAGUUCUUUUGGAUGAGGAAGCAGCCAGUUUGCCUACCAGAAACAAAGCAGAGCUUUUAUAUGAUGAUGAAAACACAAUUCAUCAUAAUGGGAUUUCUAUUCUUACACUUUUUAGAUCUCCCACACAAGUGAAUAAUUCAUCAAUGAAACCCCUAAGAGAACGCAUCCACAAGUCAAUGCACGAGAAAAAAACUAAGAUGAAGCAAACCUUAAUUAGAUCCCAGUUUGCUUGUACUUAUAAAGAGGACUGCAUAAUAAGCAAGGAUAAAUGGAAUGAUGUUAAUUCAGCAUCAGAGCCUUUGUAUGUACUUCACAUGGAAAAUGACCUUUCUGCUUGCAUAACAGAAGGUGUAAAUUCAUCUGUUAGAAGACCAACAGUUGGAACGAGUUCUGGAAAUGUUCAUCUGGACAGAAGUAAAAGUGAAAAAGUUGCAAGGAAAUCAAGUAGUCAGACAGGAAAUAAAAGCUCAAAGAGGAAACAGGUGGAUUUAGAUGAUGAAAAUAAUCUUUGUGAUAGUGGAAAUGAACCAUCUCAACAUAAAAAUUUUAAAAUACCUAAGACAUCAAACAAUUUCCAGAAUAAAUUGUGUGGCAAAAUAGCUAGAGUAGCAAAAAGCAACAACUGUACAGGCAAGGACAAAUUGAUUACUGGCCAGACAAAGUUAACUCAAUAUUUUAGACUAUGAAUUUGUUUUUUAUUUGCUUUAGAUUUCUGUAUAUAUUAAACCAUUCACCAAAGGCAUCUACUUAAUUUUUAAGAGAUCAAGGUAUAGGGGCGUGUGGGUGGCACAGUCGGUUAAGUGUCCGACUUCAGCUCCGGUCAUGAUCUCGUGGUCCAUGGGUUCAAGCCCCAC